AAUUAAGGGAGUUCCACUAUGGCUUACUCUUCUUUGCUCUAUCUUAGCAUUUGCUUGCUCGUUCUCUUCCAUGGCUGCCGUGCUCAGUUAGAGCAAGUCACAGGGCGAUCCCAGAGGCCGCAGCAACAACGGUUCCAGACAGAGUGCCGCAUCAACAACUUAAACGCUCAAGAACCCGCUCAGAGAUUUGAAGCCGAGGCUGGUCUCACCGAGUACUGGAGCCCAAACGAUGAACAGUUCCGGUGUGCCGGAGUUGACCUGGUCCGCCACACUAUCCAACGUAGAGGCCUUUUGUUGCCUUCAUUCUCCAAUGCCCCUACGCUCAUCUAUGUUGUCCAAGGUAGAGGUCUUCACGGAGCUGCUAUCCCAGGUUGUGCUGAAACCUUUCAAUCGGAGUCCUCUUCGCAGUUUAGAGGAGAUCAGGGCUCACAACGGAGGGGCAGAGACCUGCACCAAAAGGUUCGUCAAAUACGGGAGGGGGACAUCCUUGCUGUGCCGGCCGGGAUAGCUCAUUGGAUUUAUAACGACGGCGAAUCACAGCUUAUUUUGGUUGAACUCCACGACACCUCAAAUCAGGCUAACCAGCUCGAUGAGAACGCUAGAAGGUUCUACCUUGCUGGGAACCCACGCGGCCAGAGACGCAGAGAGAGCUGGCAGGGAAGCAGGAGUAGGAGCCAGAGCCGAAGCCGGAGCCAACGCCAGGAAGAAAGAGAGAGAAGCCCGCAAAGUGGCAGCAACAUGUUCAAUGGCUUCGACGAAGAGUUUCUGGCCGAAAGCUUCAACAUUGACAAUGAGCUGGCAAUGAGGAUACAGAACCGAGAUGAUCAGAGGGGUAGAAUCGUCCUCGUCGAGGAUGAACUUCGGGUGCUGAGCCCACAAAGCAGAGGAGAAGAGCGAGAAGAGAGGGGAUGGGACAGAGACAAUGGCGUGGAGGAAACCUUCUGCACGCUGAGGCUCAAACACAACGUCGCCGACCCACAACGCACUGAUGUUUACAAUGAACGCGGCGGUCGCAUCACCAGCCUCAACAGCCUCAACCUCCCCAUCCUUAGGUACAUCCAGCUAAGUGCUGAGAGAGGUGUCCUCUACAGGAAUGCCCUCGUAGCACCACUCUAUAACAUGAACUGCCACAGUGUGAUAUACGUAAUCAGGGGCAACGCCAGGCUUCAGGUGGUCGGGGAGAACGGCCAGAACGUAUUUGACGGUGAGGUUCGGGAAGGUCAGGCUUUGACAGUGCCUCAAAACUUCGCCGUCAUUAAGAAGGCAGGAAAUCAGGGAUUCGAGUGGGUGGCAUUCAAGACAAACGACAACGCCAAAACUAACCCGCUUGCUGGAAGGUUUUCGGUCAUGCGGGCACUUCCAGAGGAUGUGUUAAUAAAUGCAUACCGCAUUGACAGGGAGGAAGCUAGAAGGCUGAAGUAUAAUAGGGACGAGACGACACUGUUCAGUUCGGAAUCCUUUGGGUGGCAGCGUAGGAACUAAGCAUCUGAAGUACUUGUGUGUACCUAGUAAUUUUCAUAAAAGCUGUAGCAGUUUCCGUAGUAUGGAUCGAAGUCCCCACGGGAGUUGAGGCAAACUAGUUUGUACCUACUACGUCGUACUUGUAUAUGCGGGAAGGAAAGUUUAUCAUCUCUGAGUUAAUAAUAAUAUCCCCUGUUGCACCUA